AUGUGGUGGGGAAAAUGCAACAGCUGAGCUGAGUUUAUUGAAUGACACCCUUGAGAGAUGCCUUCCAAGAGUGUAAAAACAGGAUCAAUUAAAGAGUAAUUUGUCCUGUAAAGGCCGUUUGUAAGUUUGAUUGCUUUCAGCCAAUUAUCAUGCCUAUUUUUGUAUGACUGUGAGGAGGUGCCGUGGUGACUCUUUCUUUAAAACGACCUUGUGUGAACCAUCCGAGCCUUCCAUCCAAGCAAAGCUAGACAACUUCACGAUUGGUCAGCCCCGCUACCGUGCUGUGUUCUUGCAUGAAACGACGACGUUUAGAGUAUGGGAAAGGGCGUUUAGAAUAUACAGAAGGCCCCCCUACGUGGAGAAAACCGCUCUGUGGCCUGUCCUGUACGAAACGACGUCGUUGGGGCUGCUGGGGCUGCUGAGAAAAAAAGGAUGGUAGUAGCUUAGCUUUCAUUGGAGGUAUCGAAACAGAGUAGGAAAGCAAAAUAAAAUCACACGUACCCUCAUUCAUUCAUCCGUUUUAUUCAUUCCCAAACAUUUUCAAACCCAAUUGCUUCUUUUCUCCUUUUGCGAUCUCAUAAUCCCAUUUCUCCCGCAAAUCUAUCCACGCAUUGUGUUAUAUAUAUAUAUAUAUUUUGGAUCACAACCCACCUUGAGCUAGUCUCUGAAAAUGGCUUCAUCUUUCUCCUCUUCAUUUACUGGCGUUGCAUGGGCUCAACAAAAUCCAUCUAAGCAGCUUCAAAACAAUACCCAGAUCUCCUUUCCCCGUUUUGGAUUUCAGUGCCCUAACCAGAAGGAAACUGCUCUGCCGAAGCUUCAUGCACAGCUUAAUGAGGUUGAAGCUGAGAAAUCUUCAAAUUCAGUGCCACUAAGCACCAAACUAAUUGUGCCAUCAGAAAGGAAAUAUGAGUCCGCCAGGAAAAUUUCUAGCCAAAAGAACACUAUUCCAGACGCAUCAUCAAUCUCAGCAUUCAUGAGUCAAGUAUCAGACCUUGUCAAACUGGUGGAUUCAAGAGAUAUCAUGGAACUGGAGCUGAAGCAACUAGGUUGUGAGCUCCUAAUAAGAAAAAAAGAAGCUUUGCCGCAGCCACCAGCCACAGCUUCUGUUAUCACAAUGCAACCUCCACUUCCCCACUCCAUGCUUCCAUACCAACCACCACCAGCCCAGGUUGUUGCUCCUGCAAGCACUGCUCCUUCAGUGCCAACACCUGCCUUACCUGCCCCUGCACAGACAAGCAAGUCGUCUCAUCCACCACUGAAAUGCCCCAUGGCUGGAACCUUUUAUCAAUCCCCUGGACCAGGUGAACCUCCAUUUGUGAAGGUGGGAGAUAAAGUGCAGAAAGGCCAGGUUGUUUGUAUUGUUGAGGCCAUGAAACUAAUGAAUGAAAUUGAAGCUGAUCAAUCGGGAACCAUAGCUGAGAUACUGGCAGAGGAUGGGAAGCCAGUCAGUAUAGACACGCCUCUUCUUGUCAUUGCACCUUGAAGAACGGGGCAAAAAUAUCCCAAAACUUGGGUGGCUGUACUAUUUUUGUGAGACCAAGUUUCACGAUAUAUGUUUUAUUAAGUCAUAUUUCUGUUGCCUGUAAUUUUUAAUUCAAAGACAGGUCUUGUUUUGGCUUGGUAAACCCUUCCUUUCUGUGCCUUUUUUUUUUGCUUUUGGUUUUGAUUAGUUGUCAGGAGGCACAACUGGUAUCACUUUUAGAACAUAGAACAUGGAGAGCUAUUGGGUAUUUGCUUGUUCCUUGUUUUAGACAGUGUCUGAAAAGUUGUGAAGUUCCUUUGUUAUUUUCUGGAAACUGCUAAAAGGGGAGUUUGGUAUGGUUGCUGUGAGAUGUCUGAAUUCAAUUUGAGCAUUCAGUUCAAAUCCAUAUCAUUAAAAGGCAUGUUGCACUCUGAAAUAGAAAA